CCCCCCAGCGGCCAAACCCCAUGCCGCUGGUCCCCUCGCGAUUUCCUACCGCCGCCAGCCUCCCUUGCCUCUGAUCUGCUCCGGAUCAUCCCGACGGCGGCGGCGGCGCUCUUGAUGCGGCCCGGCCAUCACGGCAGCGGCGCUCCGGCACGGCCCGACCAUCCCAUCGCGCGUCCCAGUUCCUGCAGAGCACCUCCUCAUCCCCUUUCCCCGCUCCGGAUCCUCCUCACGGCGGCGGCGCUCCGGACGCGGACGCGGCCACCCCAUCGCCCGCCCUAGUUGAUUCGACCAUCGCCGUCGCCACCUCCUCCCCUCGCCUCCUCGCCGCCGUCGCCAUGCCCAUUGCCCCCGAGCAGCACCUGUCCAAUGGCUCGGGAAGGAGUACGCCCGUCUACCACCGGUCCCUCCCCCGCCCUCCUGCCGCCGCCAUGGCCAUGGCCUGACGAUAGCUCACCUUCCCGCCAUGGCCAACCUCCGGUGAAGAAGCUCGCCGUGCCUACCAACGCCCCAGUUCCGGUGGGUUGCUCCGAGUUGCUUAGUAGCUUACCUUCAAUCGUUGGGUCAACGCAUCUGCAGAUGAAGGUAAUUGAUGGUUGACGCUCCACUUCCUCUCCCCACGAUCUGCACAAGAAACUGAAGAAAUUGAUGAUUGAUGCUUCACUUACUCUCCCCACGAUCUGCAGAAGAAACUGAAGAAAUCCCCUUUAAAGUCUGCCCCACCUCAGCUCAUCCUUUUCACAUCAUCUUCGAGCAUGGAUGGACGUCUCCCAUAGGGUGUUCAUAGUGCUUCCGCUGGUGCUGCUCACUUCAAUCAUCUUGGUUAUUCUUCCCUUGUUGCAUGCCCACGUGCCUCAUGUUUACAGCUCCUACUGGGUUGUUGACAUGGAUAGCGCAGAAAGUUCUUCGUGUUAUUCAGGUGGGCAUGGGGUUGGUCAUACAUGAGGAGUUCCACGUGGACGUGGACGUGGACGUGGACGUGGACGGGCACGCCGUCCAUCGGUACCUGAUUCCACUCCUCGAUCAAACUCACAUGUUGCCACUGAGAACCAUCGUAGGCGUUUGGAUGUAAUCACUAGAAACAGGAGCCGAGGAAAUGAAGCAUCGACCACAUCGAUGUCAGACACACAUAGUCAGAUAUUUGCCCAUAAACGAACUAUAUUUGAACCCUUAACUCUUGGAGGCCCCCAGUGUUCUUGCCAACAUUGUGGUGCUCUCUUUUGGUAUGACGAGCGUGUACGCAGAGAAAGGCAUACUCAAAAUCCAACAUAUAAUUUGUGCUGCAAAGGAGGAAAAGUUUCCCUCCAGCCAUAUGAUCCUCCUCCUCAACCUCUAUUGGAUUUACUCACUUCACAGAAUAGUUCACUCUCAAGCCACUUCUUUCAUCAUAUUCGUCAGUACAAUACCAUGUUUGCCAUGACUUCAAUGGGAGCUAAAAUUGAUGAGUCCAUAAAUGAUGGCCGAGGCCCAUACAUUUUCAAGAUCAGUGGCCAAGUCUGCCACCGUGUUGGUUCAAUGAGACCAUCUAGAGGACAGAGACCAGAAUAUGCACAAUUAUACAUAUUUGAUACAGAGUGCGAGGUUUCAAAUAGAAUAAAUGUUGCCUCAUCUUCGCGCACCGGUUCAUCUUCACGCACCACUUCAUCUUCGCGCAUAGCUUCAUCUACACACACUUUGUUCCAAGCUAAUGAAGGCAUUGUUCAGUCCCUCAUAACAAUGUUGAACACACAUAAUCCCAUUGUGAAACUAUUUAGAACAGCAAGUCAAAGAUUACAUGGCAAUGAUUCUGACCAUUUAUACAUCAGAAUAUAUGGCAAACCUGAUGCCCAUGGAGAUAUCUAUAGUGCUCCAGUUGCAUCCGAAGUUGUUGGAUUAGUAGUUGGAGAUUUAGGGUCUUCUAAUGUUGGAUGAGACAUUAUAAUAGAAGGUCAUUCAUCACGGUUACAACAGAUCAAUGAAAAACACUUCAAGUUUAUGUCCAUGCAAUAUCCUCUUUUAUUUCCAUAUGGUGAGGAUGGUUAUCAUGAUGAGCUUAUGUGCCUUCCAGUGUCAAAUGCAUCAAAUCAACGCCAAAAAGUCACAAUGCUAGAAUACUAUGCAUAUAGGUUACGUGAUAGGCCAAAUGACUUCAAGACUCCAUUACGAUGCAAAAGGUUAACACAGGCUUACUUUGUGGAUGGCUAUUGUUCUGUUGAAACCUUUCGUAUUGCAUUCUACUGCAAACCUAGCUUUCAACGGAAAUACAUAUCAUCAUCAUUCAGUUGUUUAGCAGAUUCUGUGUCAAAGGGUAUUACAUCAGGUUCUUCUGUUGGCCAACGGAUUAUAUUACCUUCCUCAUUUACUGGAGGCCCUCGCUACUUAUACCAAAACUACCAAGACUCCAUUACUAUUUGUAGAAAAUAUGGUUGCCCAGAUCUGUUUGUCACGUUCACAUCAAAUGCUGCUUGGCCUGAAAUUACAGAGGCUCUAUCAUCCAUUCCUGGUCAAGAACCAUCUGACCGUCCAGAUAUUGUCAACCGGGUAUUCAAAAUGAAGCUUAAUAUUCUAAUGGAUCAUAUUAAAAAGAAACAAUUCUUUGGACCCAUAAACGCAGUUGAAUUCCAGAAACGUGGACUCCCACAUGUUCAUAUAAUUAUAUGGUUAGCCAAAGAAGCACCUUUAGAUGCACAGAAGAUAGAUUCCUAUAUUUCUGCUCAGUUGCCAGAUCAUGUAAAAGAUCCAAUAGGAUAUGAGGCUGUUUCUUCUUUUAUGGUGCAUGGCCCUUGCGGCCCUCUCGGGCAGUCGUCACCAUGUAUGUCAGAAGGAAAAUGCAACAAAUUUUACCCAAAGGAGUUCUGUGAGCAAACAACUGUACGGGAGAAUGGUUUCACAGAAUAUGCCCGACCAAAUAAUGGAAUAACAGCUAGGAAAAAUAAUGUUGACAUUGACAAUAGAUUCAUUGUUCCUCACAAUGUGGACCUGGUGGUUAAGUACCAAGCUCACAUAAAUGUAGAGAAGGUUAACCAUGAUGGUAUGCACAAAUAUCUUUUCAAGUAUGUCACAAAAGGAUUUGAUUGUGCUGGAAUAGGCCUCCACGGCAAGUCUUCAACAUCAGCCUCAUCAACUGAAACAGUUAAUGAAAUUGAUAAUUAUUUAGAGUGUCGUUGUGUGACACCAAAUGAUGCUGCUUGGCGGUUGCAGCAAUAUGAUAUUCACCAUACACACCCUUCCGUAGAAAGUCUCCCUGUUCAUCUUCCUCUUGAGAACAAUGUAAUUUAUUCGAAAGAUGAUAAUCUGGAACAAGUUAUUGAAGACCCCAAAAAUGUGACCACUAAACUCACUGCAUGGUUAGAUGCUAAUAUGCAACACCCUGAAGCUCGACAAUACACGUACAUAGAAUUUCCAGAAUAUUGGACAUGGCACCAGCAAGGGAAAUACUGGGAUCAUCGUCGAGGUCCUCAAAAAAACAUUGGCCGAGUGGCACAUGUCAACCCUUCACAAGGAGAGCCUUUCUAUUUGCGAAUGUUGCUGAACAUUUGUAAAGAUCCAUCUCCCCUAUGGAGUCAACUACAAAACUUAAAGAUAUUACAGUGGGACAGCAAAACUGUAAGGUCUUUGCACGGGUAAUAAGGCUUUGGGAUGCUAUAAAUACGAAUCCCAGAUAUGGAAAUGCUUUGAUCAGCAUUGAUGGCAUUCUCUUGGAUGAAGAUGGAUGCAUGGCACAAAUUAGUGUGCCUAAAAAAUUUGAAAAACAAUUUUGUGGGUUGCUAUCUCAAGGAUCUGCCUAUAUUAUUUCAAAUGUUGCAGCUAUCGAUAUCAGAAGCAAAUCAUAUGUCUAUCGGCAUCAGAAUUAUAUGCUGCAAUUCAAACAAGACACAAAGGUUGAUCUGCUACAUUCAAGAGGUGCAGAUAUACCUACACUUUCGCUCGACUUUUGCCCAUUUUAUCAGCUGCCACAAAAAGCAAUUGAUUCCAAGCCACUCCUAGAUGUGAUAGGAGUAAUAUGUGAUGUUGGUCCAUAUGACUAUGCUAGCCAAACAUCUCAGCACAAAUUUCGGAAGACCAAAAUUCGCAACCUAGAAGAACAAACACAAGAAUUAGUUCUAUGGGGCCAGCAUGGAGAAUCAUUUGAUGAAGAAACAGUACUUAAAAAAUCUCAAGAAGGAAUUGUCAUAGCCAUUUUUGCUGGUGUAACUGCAACUCUACAAAGGUUUACAGGUAUGAUACAAGGAUCCUCAAGUUCCGCGACACAAAUAUAUCUUGAUCUUGAUAUACCUAAAGUUCAAAAGUACCGCACCAGCUAUCAAUGGAAAUGCCCAACUCUACAAAAGCAUCUCCCUCAGGUCAAACAAGUAUCUCCACUUGAAGCAGCAUGCAAACUAUACACCAUUGAAGAAAUAUCUAACCUUCCAGCGUCAUCUUUUCAGGGAGGAGCAACCUUCAGCACUACAAAGCAUGUGGCUGCCAAUUUCCAGUUCCAUGCCCAAUGUACAAACUUCCCCUUACACUAACAGAUAACUCAGGAAGUUUGGAUGCAAUUGCUUUCGCUAGAGUAGCUGAAGACUUAGUUGAGCGUCAUGCUGAUCAUGUUUCAAUGAGUAUGAAAAUAGAAGCUACAGAUCAUGUGCUUACCCUGGAUAAGGCCAUUGGUAGAGAAAAGUUAUUCUACAUAGGAAUGAACACUGAUUCGUCUGCCAAGUACCCUAUAAAUUAUGUCCUGAAAAAAAGUUUCUCUGUCAACAAUACUGAAUCAACACCUGUUCCACGUGCUCCAAAGUCAGGCGAGGAUACAACCACCAAUGACAAUACUCCUGCAACUCAUAAGCCAAUGUCUAUCAGCAUAAAGGAAAACGAAAAUAGGAUCAACGCGAAAAGAAGAAUUGAUUUUACUGAGAGUGAUGCCGAUAAAUCUAACAGCUCGAAGGAACCGGAAGAAAGUACUGCGAAAAAGAACAAGCAUGAGAAUGUAGAUACACUUCCAGAAAAACUGCAUCAACAGGAACAGCCAGAGUAAAGGAAAAUUUGGACGAUUUAAGUACUUUAGAUUGACUAUAUAAACUUCCAUUUUCUGAUUUAAAAAACCAGUAAUAUAUUGUGUUAUUUACUUUUUUUGACAAUGCUUCAUUUUCCAAUACAGGAAGGACAACUUGCACUCUACUACAAAUGGGAAAUUAGAAAUAACGUACAUCGCCUACAACCAGAAAUAACAUAGUCCUUGUGUUCAUACCACUUUGCUCAGCUUCUAUUGUAACCAAGGAACAUUACAAAUUUUGUUCUACUACCAACUUAUCAGUGGUUCCAGUUUAUGUUCUUUGUUGGACUUAUGAUCUCAAUACAAACCUACAGUGUCUGUUCAAAUAUAUUCAUGAAUGGAUACAAUUUAUGUUC